GAGAGAGAGAGAGAGAGAGAGAGAGAGAGAGAUCACAAAGGAAUCGUGAAGGCCUAGAAAAAUAGAUAACGAAGAAAAAGACGAACUACGAAGAAAAAUAAGAAGGAGGCUUAGGAAGAUGAGCAGGAGGAGGAGGAGGAGAAAAGCGAGUGAGUGAGAGAGAAUUUGACUUCAGGAAACUUGAAUAUAUACGACAGCGGGUGGCACGGAAGCCUGGUAGAGGGGAGCAGGGAGCAGGAGUGUUGCUACUACUACUACUACUACUACUACUACUAUUUCUACUUCUACUACUACUACUACUACUACUACUACUACUACUACUACUACCAGCAACAUCACCCUCCUAGCCCCGCAAAUCUAAUGAUACUGCAAUAAUCUAAACCACCACCACCACCACCACCAUCACCACCUGAUCUGGUCUUGCAGGCCUUGUUGUAAUAAAAGGUUUCAAUUUGUCUCCGCCUUGCAAUAAAAUGUGAUGAAAAGUAACUCCUCUUUCCCUUGGAGGAGAACGACUCUACUGGGAGGAAAGAGGUGGAGGAGGAGGAGGAGGAGGAGGAGGAGGAGGAAAAGAAAUAGAGGAAGGAUGGAUGGUAGCAAGGUGUGUGUGUGUGUGUGUGUGUGUGUGUUGAGAUACAAAAGAAUACAAAGGAAGAGCAAGCAUUAACACACCGAGAUGUUUGUGUUCCAGAGAUGUUGGUGAUGUUCCCUGUGUGUUGUUUUAACCCAUACGCUUCGGGCGGAAGGCUUCGGGUGGCGGUAGUUCCCGUCCUCUGCUGUCCCGCCAAGAUUUGUACUCCCGUGACGUAAUUAUUAUUUCCUGUGGUUGAUGGCAUCCCUGCUCUACGUUUCACGCAACUUCCCAGAGCACUACAGACCACUAUGGCGGACAGACAUGCUGAUAAUGAUUUCCCUGUGUCUGGAUGCGUGGACGAAGGGAGCGCGCCAGCGGGCCCCAGUUCCUCUACCCCUAUAAUCAGGGCUACACAUACAGCAACGGCCCAUCCACUCCCAUCCACUCCCAUCCACUGAUCAGACCACCAGCCCAGUCAAAGGGUUAUACCUGGCCGGAAACUACAGUGCUUAAAGGGUUAAGAAUCCGUACUACAGAUUUAAGAAGAAACCUUGAGAACCCAUCUAUGUGGCCUCUGAAAAUGGUCAUGGUGAGAGAGCAGAGCAUUUCAGAAUACAAGCCAUUAUGUCACACCUGCAUCACUACCCACCACAUACUCCAGCAGCAGCAGCAGCAGCAGCAGCAGCAGCAGACAGCUAAAUGCUGCACCACCCAUCAAGAGGAUGAAGACUGCAGCCACAUCAGAGAGGCUGGCUGUGAUUUUUAGUCUUCCUGCCACAUGUUGAGGUUCCUGCUGAUAGCCAUUUGGUCCUCAGCUUGUUCAUCAGGUCUGACUCACACAUCUUCUGCAGACUGUGGGAAGAAUAAGGAUUUGUAGAGAAAGAAAGUCUGGUACGGAAGAUUGAAAAGAAAUAUUGUCAUUGUGGAAAAAGCUGAAGUGUAUUAUGCUUUUAUGUUGUGUAAUAAUGUAGUAGUAAAAUGCAGGCUGUAUGGAAUGAAGGCACAUCAGGAUUUUAUAAGAUUAAAUUUUACAGGGAAGAUUAAAAAGGAAUAUUGCAUCAUUGCAUGUCCCUUGCACCUUCACCUCUGACUCCCAUCCUUUGCAGUUCCAUCCCUCCAUCCACUUUCUACUUUCUCCUCGAUCUUAAUUCACACACACACGCUCACGUGCACACACACCUGUGGUCAAAUAUCUUCCUGAAGGGUGAAUUUUUUUUGCCGCCCAAUAGCAAUGCCUCCUGUGAUGUACUGGACUGGCAGUUCCUUGCUUCUGGAGGAGUCUGCAAUAAGAAGACCACGAAUGUAGUCGCUGGUUGUGACAUUCACACCUAUGAACACAUACUUACCUGCCAAGUGUUUUUUUUUUUUUUUUUUUUUUUUCAUUUGUUUAACUUAAUUUUUUUCUUUUUUCAUGUAAGAGGAGGACUGGCCAAGGACAACAAAAAGAGCAAAAAGGAAAAAGACCCACUGACCUGCCAGUCCCAAAAGAAAGGUCAAAAAGAAGUUUUAUGAAACCCCCCUCUUGAAAGAAUCCGAGUCAUAGGAAGGAGGAAAUACAGAAGUAAGUAGGGAGUGUGGGAUUAGCUAACAGUGAGAUACUGGUGGUGGUUAUGCUAAAUUGGGAAAUGUGUGUAGCUUUAUCUAAAUGAAGAAGGAAUCUGGCUAAUUUAUCUUACCUGAUGGAAGAAUCUUAGUGUUUUCAUUUAUCAGAGGUAAGAUAGGAAGCAAAUGUUUAUAUGAUAAUUCCAAGUUUGCAUCUUUAUCAAUUAUAAGGAGAACUAAC